CGAACGAAGUGCAGGUACAGGAUAAAGGCAGGUGGAAGAGAAAAGAUACUUUAUCGCGAAAAGAAAUUUUAAGGAUAACACGUUCCCUGAGCAUUUGGCUAAGUCGAGCUUAAUAGUUAUAACAGCGGUGGCUUCCAAACGGAGCGAAGUAGAGAAUCCUGAGUUGGUUACAUGUACAUACGAUAACAAUUAAGGCGAGGCUACAAAACGGAACUGAAGUCAAAGGCGACAAAGAGAAAUGCCUGCCAACUCAACAUCAUAUGGAAACCAAACGAGUGGUCAUGACAUCUUCUGUGCGAUUCGGCAAUAUGGAUUGCAACAAAAGACAUUCAUCAUUGCAUUAAUUGUUAUCAUUUCCAUGACUGCUUUCAUAGGUAACGUUUUAAUAAUUGUUGCGCUAAAAAGGGUAUAUUCCCUUCAUCCACCGUCAAAAAUUCUCUUCCGCUGCCUUGCAAGUACUGAUCUUGGUGUUGGCCUUCUCGCAGGGCCGCUUUUCAUUAGCUUUUUAAUGUCUCAAGAGCACACUGGAACUUGCAAAAGUCUCAAAACCAUUUUUUAUUGUACCGCUGCAUUACUCGGGGUAUUAUCGAUGUUAACAUUGACAGCAAUAAGUGCGGACAGACUUCUAGCUCUGUUAUUGAGGCUGCGAUACCGACAGGAAGUGACUACGAGACGAGUACGGGUUGCAGUGGUCUUCUUCUGGCUUCUUAGCUCUGUUAUUGCAACAACGGUUAUUUACAACUCGUUCGUGACCAAUAUCAGCAUUUUUAUAACUGAUCUUCUCUGUGUGGCCUUCUCGACGUUUUGUUACGUAAAAAUAUACUUCAACCUUCGCCAACAUCAAAUGCAGAUACACAUGCCAGAGCAAGGUCCGCAGGGCAAACCCUUCAACAUUGCGCGAUACAAAAAGACAGUGACGAUGUUAGUGUGGGUACAAAUAACACUGAUAGCUUGUUAUGUACCACAUGCAAUAGUCCAAGCUGUAUAUGCUUUCAGAGAAUUAGCUUCGCCAUUUUUCGACCUAAUCUGGGAUGUGACCUUAGCAAUGGUUUUCUUUAACUCUGCAGUAAAUCCUUUCCUUUACUGUUGGAAAGUCAGUGAAGUAAGACAAGCGGUGAAAGGAACAAUCGCAGUGUUAUUUUGCUGAGCUAGGUAAAGAACGUUCUGAUAGAUAGUGGAAUCGAGGAUCUUCGAACAAAAAGGACAAAUAUUCAAUUAAUUGAAAAGUAAACUUGUUUUACCAUCUCGAUCUCCUUAGAUCUCUCCUCUAAUGAUCUGGUUUUUUUUAUGUAUUUUCUUUCUUUUAUGCAUUUGUUCACAUAAAACACUAUUUUAAAGGGGAAUUGAAAAGUAUUCUAUAGAGUUAUUUUAUCUAUCUUCUCGGUUGCUUCAAUGAUGUCGAAAACCAGUCUUAAGCUAAUAAAAAUCAU